AUGCACAACGAUGGGUGGCUGUGCAGCUACCGAUCUGUACACUACCACAAAAACACAAAGAACCAGUGGGCGCGAGAUGACCCGGCGUUCCUCGUUCUCCUUGCAGCAUUUCUCACCGUAUCGACCGCUCUCAGUGCCGUGAUAUUUAAGCUGUCGUUUGCAGCCUUUGUCAAGCUGUUGCUCUGGGUCAUCUUUGUGGACUGCAUCGGAGUUGGGCUCGUCAUCUCAACACUUCUCUGGGCGUUUUCAAACUUUGUGUUGAAAGGGGAACCGAUGGCACACCACGUGGAUCAGAGUGUAGAGUUUGGAUAUGCGUUUGAUAUUCACUGCAACUCGUUCUUCCCGCUCUUCGUCACCCUCCACGUCGUCCAAAUUCUCCUUGUUGGAGUCGUUACCAAGCCGUGGUUUCUGUCGGUGGUGCUGGCGAACACGCUCUGGCUCAUUGCUCUCACGCAAUAUGUUUACAUCACAUUCCUCGGCUACUCCGCGUUACCGUUUCUGCGGAAGACACACGCGUUCCUGUAUCCAAUGGUGCCCAUUCUUGUCGUCUACUUCCUCUCCAUCCUGCUGCAGUGGAACAUCAGCAGCACCGUCCUUCAAUUGUACGGGCUGACAGGCACACAGGACGCAGCAGCCACACCAGCGUGACAUGACACAACCCUUUCGCACUGACAGUUGUGCGCACGCACUCGUUCGCACUUACGCACACACGCACAUUCGCAUCCGUGCGCCUACACAUGCAGACCCGUGUGUGCACAUCAUCUUUGCGUCGUCUGCUUGAUGUGGUCCCGCGGUGAUAUGGGAUGUGUGACACUAAAUUUUUUACUCGUUGCUUGUUUGCUUCGCGUUGUUUGAAAAUGUAGCAACCACAUAACAACCAACCCAAGCAUG